CACACACAGAGCACCGUACAGAGGGACAACAAUGAUCCCAGUGAGAGAGCAGGACAGAGGGGAGCGGGGCGGCUGAUAGGGGCUUAUCGCCCUGGAGACCAGGCCAGGGGCUGUGUUGUUCAUGACGAUUAGGCAUGGAAGAGCUCAGAGCACAAGGUCUGUUGAAGAUGCACUGGUCUCCGGAGCACGCGGCCCCCCUGUCCCAGUGGCCUGAGCAGCACCUGGAUGUGUCUUCCACCACCUCCCCUCCCUCCGCCCACAAACACGACUCACGUGGUUACACCACUGCAGCCGGAUACCCCUGGGCCAGCGAUGACAUCUCUGCCCUCACGGCCUCUUCCUUGUUAAAACGCUAUGCUGAAAAGUACUCAGGCCUGGAGCUGCCCUACGAAAGGCCUGCCCCAGGGGCUUACUCAGAGCCUGGGGCCUUCCUGAAGAGUGAGACUGAGCCCUGGGCCCUGGGGCAGGGCAUGGAGUGUUACCCUGCGCUGGAGGCCCUGGCAGCAGGGGCCAAAGUGGGAUCAGCAUCAGUGGGCCUCCCUGGCACGGGCAGUGUGACGGUGGUGAACAGUAACUUGACCUCUGACCCUGGGUAUAGUGGUGGUGGCUCCUGUAAUGGCCCCCCCUCUCAGGACUACCCCCUCUCCUACAACAGCACCUACCUCUCCUCAGGAUACUGCUUCCAGCCCGGCUCAGCACUUCCCCCAGCCUCUCUGCAAACCACCCCCACCCUGGUGUCCAGCUACAACCCUACCAACCCUGUAUACAACUACCCGCCAGGCUGCUACCCCCACCUCCAGACCAGCCUGGCAGCCAGCUACAGCCACAGCCACCCCAGUGCCUCCUACCUCCCCUCUGGGCUGAGCACCCCUACCCCCCUGACCCCCCGGUCCACCAUGGCGGGGGGCAGCUAUGGCUACCCCAGUCACAGCCUAGGGGCCGGCUCUGAGACAGGAGGGCCGCUGAAACGCAAGGCCUUUGAGAUGGCGGAAGAGGGGGAGGAGGGAGGAGAAGGAGAUGGCUCGCGGUACAGGAAGUUCGUCAACGGCCACAGCAAGAGCCACGGCAAUGGUCACGGCAACGACUACGACAUAGCGGGCUCAGAAGUCCAGGCCUACAAGCCCGGCAAGCCUCUGGUGUCGCCUCCUUAUGUUGGCCAGGGCGAGUACAGCCCCUCCUCAGGCCUAGGUGGGGAGAGUGGGGGAGGAGGGGAACAUGGCUUUCCCCAUCAGAGGCUGGCCAUGAAGAUGCCUGCGUCACAUGCACGAUCUGAGGACCCAACUGGAGGACGCUAGAUCAGGCACUUGAAAGGAACACUCUCUGGGGGUCCUUCGGUUUUAUUGGCAUUUAAAAACCAAGUAGAGUACUUACUCUGACAAAAACUGGGGGAAAAUAAUAAUUGGAUUUUGCAAUGAGAGGUCAUGUGAUCUAACCCGGAAGGAGAGAAAAUGCAAAUGACUUGAAUCCGCCUCCUAUCUUAUAUCAUUUUCAUUCUUAGAUUUUCUCCAAAGAGUCAAGGGUCACUUUGUCCUGUAUGGGUGUGGUGAGGUGGUGUGAGGACAGAGGGUGGGAUCUAGAUGGAUAGGGCUAAAUCAGGCAGUCUGAAUGGAUUACCGACUGCUUCUCUCAGGAUCCUAUUUAUUUCCCAAUCUUCUACUUUGGCAGACAGUGACAUUGCAAUGUUGUUGUUUUGAAGAGUUGCUCUCUUAAUUGGAGUGGCCACUUGAUAUGGAAAGGACGUUUGACUCUAUUACCUCCUACAGCACCAUAAGAAUCAUAACCUUUCAGACCAAAAAGUAGAGAAGAAGAACAUAAUUGAUGUGAUGUACUUUAAUAACUUGACACCACGAGCACAAUGACAGCUCUUCUGAGGCUUGGUGCCUCUAUACAAAUUGCUUUGAAACGAAUGUCCCCCUCUCCCCCCUUCCCUUUUCCCUGUUUUCUUUUGACAGUGUUUCUAUGUUAUUUCUCCCCAUUUCUCUACCUCUCAUCACUACAUUUUCAUCAUGUUUUCCCUUCCCUGCUUUUUCUCAGUUUGUUCCACUCACUCUUUUUCUUUUUUUGUUAAAGCUGCAAUAUGUAACUUUUACAUAGAAAUGUGAGUUAUAGAUAUGUUAUUCUCAUUGAAAGCAAGCCUAAGAAGCAGUAGAUCUAUGUGCUCUAUUUCUAUGCUUACCGGUCUUUAGUUUUUGCUUCUUUUACUUUCGGUUUUGUACACCAGCUUUAAACAGCUGAAAAUACAAUAGCUUUGGUUAUUGAAAAUAUAUUUCACAGCAGAUGGUACAAUGAUUCUCUACACUAUGCAUUGCUUAUUUUGUCAAAAACUGAAAUUAGGUGAACUAUUGUUCAUUAUGCACUGUUACAUGCAGCUCUAUCAAUACAUUGAAAUACUUAAACCUGCAGAAAGAGAUACUUAAACCUGCAGAAAGAGAUACUUGUAGAAACAUACUUGAGAGAGAAUUUUAACUACAGCAUAUAAACUCAGCAAAAAAAGAAAGUCCUCUCACGGUCAACUGCGUUUAUUUUCAGCAAACUUGUGUAAAUAUUUAUAUGAACAUAAGACCCAACAACUGAGACAUACACUGAAUCUGUUCCACAGACAUGUGACUAACAGAAAUGUAAUAAUGUGUCCCUGAGCAAAGGGGGGAGGGGGGGUCAUGUUCGGAGGGUCAUGUUAGCAUGAGCCUGCAAGAAGGGUACCACGAGGGAGGAGGAUGUCUUCCCUGUAACGCACAGCGUUGAGAUUGUCUGCAAUGACAACAAGCUCAGUCCGAUGAUGCUUGACACACCGCCCCAGACCAUGACGGACCCUCCACCUCCAAAU